CUUCAACUUCUCUGCGCUUGCUCUAGUCCCUCAUUCUGUCUAACCAAAGUCUGCACUCGAUAGCAACACCUCGCCCUAUUAGCCUAGCUUGUUAACCAUGGCAGAAGUAACGAAGGAAGUCAUCGGCGUUAACACUCUGCUUCAUGAGCUUGACUUGAGUGAAGAUGAGGCUGCAGUAUCUAUGAAGAAAGGCACCGGUGCCGACAGGCAAAACAUGUGGAGGAUGGGUAAAGUUCAAGAGUUACGACGCAACUUUCGAUUCGUGUCCAUUUUCGGGUUCUCCAUGAUUCUCAUGGCAUGCUGGGAGAUUGUUUUGAGCACUUCAGGAAUUGGACUUACUAACGGUGGUACGGGAGGUCUGAUCUGGACGUACCUGUUCAGUUGGAUGGGAUUCAUUUGUGUCACUAUUUCGAUGGCGGAGAUGGGAUCCAUGGCACCAACUUCGGGAGGCCAAUAUCACUGGAUCAGCGAGUUUGCCCCUGCAAGAGCUCAGAAGUUCUUAAGCUACGUGAUCGGCUGGUUGUGUACUCUCGGAUGGCAGGUCAGCUCUGCUGGAGCGGCGUUCCUCGCGGGCGUCCAGAUUCAAGGCCUAAUCGUCAUCAACAAGCCUGACUACGUCUUCCAGGCUUGGCACGGGACACUACUUGUGAUUGCCGUAUCGGCUUUCAAUGUCACAUUCAACACAUUUUUCGCGAAGAAACUCCCUUUGAUCGAAGCCGUCAUUCUGGUCCUUCACAUUUGCGGGUUCUUUGCUGUCCUAGCUGUACUGUGGGUCAUGGGUCCUAUUGCCGACGCAAGCAUCGUGUUCACGACCUUCAACAACUUUGGAGGCUGGAGUAGCAAGGGUCUUGCUACUAUCGUGGGUGCUAUAGGGACUGCAAUGCCCCUUAUUGGAGCUGACGCUUCAGUCCACUUAUCGGAAGAACUUCGCGAUGCCUCCAAAACACUUCCUAGGGCUAUGAUAUGGUCGAUACUGGUCAACGGCGCCAUGGGUUGGAUAAUUAUAAUUACCUACUGUUGCGUCCUCGGAAACGUCGAGGAUGCCUUAGAGUCCCCGACAAGGCAGCCCUUCCUAUACGUAUUCCAAAACACAACAAAAUCUGCUGUGGGAGCUUCUCUCAUGGGCGCAGUGGUCAUUUCAAUGGCCACCUUUUCUGCAGUUUCUGUCACAGCUACUUCUUCUCGUCAGCUGUUCGCUUUUGCGAGAGACAAGGGCGUCCCCUUCCACGAGACCUUCGCAUAUGUACCACCAGAGUGGGAUGUUCCUAUCAACGCCGUCUGCUUUUCAUUCGCAGUUGCAUGCCUCCUUUCUCUAAUCAACCUCGGUUCUGCCGUUGCAUUCAACACUAUUGCAUCACUGGGCUCUGCUGCUCUCAUGUCCUCAUAUAUAGUGUCUAUCUCCUGCAUGGCCCUAAAGCGAAUCCGAGGUGAACCCCUCCUGCCAUCGGAAUUUAAACUCGGUCGCACUGGUCUCCCAAUCAACCUCAUAUCCCUCGUCUUCCUGAUUUUCAUAUUCUUCUUCUCAUUCUGGCCUGGGAUGGUUAAGCCGACUGUGGAAUUGAUGAAUUGGAGCAGUAUGAUGUUUGGAGGAACAAUGAUUUUUGCCUUGCUCUUUUAUUUUUUCCGAGGCAGACAUGUCUAUGAUGGACCGGUCACUUAUGUACGGAAAUCGGCAUAAAUCUUGCCCUCUUGUAGUAUGCAUGUUACAGCGAGAUUUCUUUAACUGUAACUUCCUGUCAUGGCGCGACGGGUAGAGAGCUAACGUGCCAC